GUCCACCAUGCAUCUCUUUCUGAUUGACCACUGUUUACGUCUGAUGAACGUAUUAGGUGUCCACCCCGCGAAGUCUGGUGAAAAAAUGCAGACGGUGAGAUACGUAUUCUUUCUGGCACAUCAUGUCGCUUUGAUGUAUCUGGUGUUAUGGUUAGCGGAGGCCAAGGGGCGGGACAUGUCGCUGCUUGAGCAGAUUGACAUAUUCACCAACUUCUUGGCACAACUACAUGCGAUUUUGAAUCUCUUGUGUCUUUAUACUCAGCGUCCGAAAAUCAUGGCGCUCCUGAAGGACAUGGACGAGAGAUUUUGGAGAGUGGAUUCUUAUGACCAUCAACCAGAGUUGAAGCAAGCCUACCUCGUUCUGUUUAACAAAGCAAGGGUUAAGUACAUCAUCUACAUGACAAUGAUGAUAUCUUGUUGUGUGAGCUACCACUACGGGCGAUUAGUCAAGGACGGCAGACACAUAGAUAACAACUUGCCGUUUAAAUCUUAUUUGCCUGGAUGGAUGCCUUUUUGGGUGCUGUUUGCUUGGCAACACAUCGCUUCGUUUGGUCUGGUAUCUACGGAAAUCGCCAUGGAUGUCAUGAUAUACAGCAUCCUGUCUUUAACCGCCUUGCAGUUCAAACUACUGCAACACGAAAUGGAAAAUAUAUUCAGCCUGGAGAACGAUAAAAAAUGUGAGGUUAUGGACCUACUGAAGAAAAGGAUAAAGAGAUGCGAUGAUCAUCACACCCUUUUGUUGAAUUUCAGGACGGAGCUCAAUGAUGCAUUUUCCGGCUUGCUCUUGGUUUACCUGGAAGUUAUAACAGUAAUACUGUGUAUUGAAUUAUACUUCCUAUCUAUACUGGAUGAUUUGGAGGACAUAAUAAGGGCUUUGGUCUAUGGAGCGCUGAUGUUUUUCACGCUGACAAGCUAACACAGAGCGUCUUCAAUAGCAACUGGUAUCGCAGUCCGGAGCAUUACAGCGACGUGUUGACCUUGCUCGGCAAAUCACAAAUCUCUGUGAUAUUUAGUGCUGGCGGAUUGCUGGAUUUGAAUUUAGAAACCGGUAUGGCGGCUGUGAAGACGAUGGUAUCAUAUAGUAUGUUCCUGAGAACCAUGACCCUGUUAGAAAC